UCAAGAUUAACAUUGUAUUGAGAGAGGUGGCAACCGCGCUUAGACUCACCUGUGAAUAACUCGAACCUCUAUGCCUGCACAUCUGCACGUCGUGUUACUGGGAAAAGGAGCGACCUCGUUGUUGUGUAGUAGAACAAGAAUAAGGGCACAAUGAGCGAGGACAAAGAAGAAACGCAGAAGAGCGGCGAGGACACAGUCGCCAUCACGACCUACGACGACCUCAACGACCUUGCAGGAUCACAGGACAUAAGGACGCUCCUGAUCCUCGUCUUGAUCUCCUUCGGAACAUUUAUCAACCCGCUCCAGACAAUUAAUUACCAGUUCUUGGGUGCUACUCCGGACUAUUGGUGCCACGUACCCCCCCUGGUGGAUGCCAACUGGACUCAAGACCAGAUCCUAAGCCUAGCUAUUCCCAAUGGGAAUAGCAGUAGUCAGCAUAGUAGUUGCGUCAUGUACGACUACAAUUAUACCUUAGCGGCUGAGUUGGGCUUUGAAGUGGCCGCCUCGAGCCCCGACUUUUCCCUUGAGGAUGGUGAGGAGGUUAGGACAGUCAAGUGCUCCUCCAGAGACUUCGACAGGAACCAGUACGAGUCUACGGUCGUGACGGAGUGGGAUCUGGUAUGCGAGCGCCGUGUUCUGUACUCGACGACUCAGGCUGUCAGUCAGGUGGGAACGCUGCUGGGUUCCCUCGUGGUCGGCUACCUCUAUGAUGUGAUCGGCCGUCGCCCAGUCGUCCUCCUGAGCUCCACCCUCUUCACUCUAUCGGGGUUCUUAGCGGCUGUUUCCCCUACAGUCGAAUUUUACAUAUUCAUGAAGACCAUUAUCGCCUUUAUGGCAUCGGGGAUUUAUCUUGGCUGCUUCGUGUUGGUUAUGGAGUUGUGUUCCUCUCGCCAUCGUUCUACUGUAUCUGUCAUGUUCGUAGUACCCUGGGCUCUGGGAUACAUGGUACUACCAGGUAUCGCUUACUUAGUAAGGACUUGGUACUGGCUACAAGUGGCGCUUACGGCCCCCGCUCUUUACACUGUCUCUUACUUUUGGCUGCUCCCAGAAUCCCCACGUUGGCUCCUGGCGAAGGGAAAAUACGAAGAUGCCCUCAAAGUGUUCAAAUGGCUCGCGAGGAUCAACGGAAGAACUCUGCCACCUGACGAAGUUCUCCUGCAGGCUGUCAAGAACUUAGCAACCCUGGACGACAAGGAGAAGCCGAAAGCGGACCAAGAGGCUAAGGAGGACCUCGCCGCUCGACUCCUGGCCGCCGUCAAGGAGUUCUUUGCCCUCGUGACCACCGCGGGCCUCAGGGGAAGGGCGGCAGUCGUCUUCUUCUGCUGGUUCGCGAGCUCGCUCAUCUACUACGGCGUCGCCCUCAACGCCACGAAUUCCAGCACCGACCCUUACAUAUACAUGUUCCUUGGCGGCCUGCUCGAGAUCCCCUCCUACGUGUUGCUGUGGCCUGCUAUCAUCUACCUCGGGAGGAAGAAAUCGCUUGUGGGUCUCUACCUCGUGUGCGCAGUCUCCAUCUUCGCUGUUAUGACUGUCCUGAUUGUGACUCCUGGAGAAACUGGCACUUUGAUGAUCUUCCUGUCACUGUGUGGAAAGCUCGCCAUCACAGCAGGCUUCCAUCUGGCAUACAUCUUUACCGCCGAACUUUUCCCAACGAGUUACCGCUCCCUCGCCGUGGGGCAGGCCAACGUCUGUGCUAGAAUCGGGAGCACUUGUUCGCCGUACAUCAAUGAUAUUAACAGGGUGUUGUAACUGUAUGGGCCCCGUCCGCCGUCUUCGGAUCCUUAGCUCUGAUGGCUGCCGGUCUAGCUGCUUUACUGCCAGAAACUAAAGACUGCGAUCUUCCCGAAACGAAUGAAAUCCCACAAAGUCGCCAAAGGAAAAAUUCGCAAGAUCCUGCCGAUUCUUUGGAAAUGAAAACUGGAGUACCAAAUUGCAGCUUCGAUCCCGACAUCGACCAGAGCGAAACGGACAAUGGGCGUUCGUGAUUUCGGAUCCUGAUGUUGUUUUGUUUUGCAGAUUAUCUUUAACAAUACGUAUAUAGAAGAAAGUGACUGUGAUGGUUUUAGGUCAUUAGAAGUUUUUCAUAAAAGGAAAAGUAAGCAAGAUAAAGUAAAAUGCCAAAGGAUUAAACAACGAAAGACUGUAGAUUCGUUAUUGUACAAAUAGUGCCAUUCAUGUUAAAAGGCAC